AUUGGCGUCCUCAGUCAUGAAGCACUGAAACUCAAAGGUCCCAGUUGUAAGCUGGUAGCGAGUCACAGUCAGAGGCAGUCCUCGCUGACAGGUCAGCAGGUAAGAUGCAGACGCUCUUGCUCUCAGCUACACAGAAGUGAUUAAGUGAGGGAUUUACAAAGGAUGGCUGUUUAUGAUUGGGAGUAUUUGCCAUAACAGAUUUUUUAUUUUGUGUCUUUGUUGUUGAUUAUUUUGUGGGGGAAAAAAAAGCUUUAGAAGUUUUAUCUGGAAAGUUAGAGAGAUACAGACAUGCCUGUUGUGCUUUCCUCUUAAAUUUUCAUCAUAAUAUAUUUGCUGUUUUGAAUCAGUUGCCUUCAUUUAUAUCGUAUUUCAAAAAAUGACAGUUUUAGAAUAAUAAUACUUGAAAACAGGUGAGUCUUUUUUCUUCUUUUGUCAUCCAUGCAUCAUUACGACACCUCUGAGUCAUCAGUUUUCCUGUCCAAAUUUCUCAUUAAUGAUUAUUUCAGGAGGUUACUGACCAACCAGCUCAGGGUUCAAGGGGCUCUGAUAUUUUUUUACUUCUCAAGAAACCAGACUCAGGUGUGGAGGUGAUGACUUAUCUCUCUGUAAAGAACAAUGAGCGCCUUUAUUUCAGCAGCAGUUCAUUGAUUUGAUUCUGGGCUGUGCUUAAUCUUGGUGUUGAUAAGUGUGGUUUUCUAUCACUGCUCUUACUUCUAUUUUUGUACCUUUUUUGCUACAGAUCACGAACUAAAGAUCAACAACAACAAUGGGAGAUUUGGGAUUUCUGUCAAAGUUGCUGGACAAGGUCCAGUCCCACUCCACUGUCAUAGGGAAGAUCUGGAUGAGCGUCCUCUUCUUGUUCAGGAUCAUGGUUCUGGGUGCAGGUGCUGAGAGCGUAUGGGGCGACGAGCAGUCGGGUUUCAUCUGCAACACUCAACAACCUGGUUGUGAGAACGUUUGCUACGACUGGACCUUUCCCAUCUCGCAUAUCCGCUUCUGGGUCCUGCAGAUCAUCUUUGUCUCCACACCGACGCUGGUCUACCUGGGUCACGCCUUGCAUGUCAUCCACAAAGAGAACAAGUUGAGGGAGAAGCUGUCAAGUCCAGGUGGAAGCCGGCUGCUCAAACUGCCCAAAUACACAGACGAAAAAGGGAAAGUGAAGAUUAAGGGGAACCUGCUGGGAAGCUACCUGACCCAGCUCGUUUUCAAGAUCAUCAUUGAGGCCGCCUUCAUCGUGGGCCAGUACUACCUCUAUGGCUUUGUCAUGGUCCCCAUGUUCCCCUGCUCCAGAAAGCCCUGUCCCUUCACUGUGGAGUGCUACAUGUCCCGUCCCACAGAGAAGACCAUCUUUAUCAUCUUCAUGCUGGUCGUGGCCUGCGUCUCCCUGCUGCUCAACUUCAUCGAGGUCUUCUACCUGCUCUGCACCAGGGUCAGGUGUGGCUCCAAGCGUAACACUCACAAAAUCGGCUCAGCACAAAACCCUGCCACCCUGCCAGCUCCAAGGUGGCCGACCACAGAGGAGACUCUCAAACAAAACAAGCUGAACAUGGAUCUAGAGAGCAGUGAGAGUAUCGGCGGUAAUCUGGACGGGGCGAAAGAGGAGAAGCUGCUGUUGAGUGGUCAUUCGUAAUGUCUUUGCAUUGUCUCCAACCCUUUUCACAUUUUCAAGACUGUAACAAGAGAUUUUUAUUACAGAGCAGCAAGUUAAAGGCUCAUCACUUUUAUAUUGGGUUGCAAAGUGAAAUUCAUUCCAAAGUUUGCCAAUACCCCCCUUUUGGGGCUUGUUUAUCUUUGUACUGAAACUCGAAAUCUAUAAAUGGAAACAGUGCAAUAUUAAUGAUUUAUUUAUGUUUUUCAUUCACCAAUCUGUGAGUGACAAAAGUUUGGUCUUGCCCAGUUAUUGAAUGUUUUCUUUAACUUAUUGCCAAGUUCAUUGAGUAAGACUUGAAAUUCUUGUCUGAUGGACUGAUGUUGAUGACUGUUGUGACGUCAUCUGUAUAUGAGUGUGCAUUGUAAAUGAAUAUUUGUAAUAUUUACUGUUUUAAUAUGUGAUUAAAGUUGGUGAAAAGAAAAGAAAAA